AUGUCGCCACAUAAGAUCCCCGAGCAUGAUGGUAAGAGGCAAUGGGUGAUGGGUGCCGAGGCUUUCGAGAGAACAAUGCCGCACCACCAAGGCAUCAAGGCUCUGUGGGAGACCAAGUGGAAGUUUCCCUGCACCAAGAGCGUUUAUCCUUUUCAUGAUGGCCAGUACGAGGACUUUGAGCCAAUUUUUGACCACCUCAUCAAGAACAACAUCAAUGACGGAACCUCGACUGCAUACACCGAGGCUUUCUUUCCCAUUGCCGAGGCAUUGACUGCCUAUGGCGACAAGGCGGCCGCCGCGGGCAAGAAGGACGAGGCCAGUGACUUGUACCUCCGGGCGUGCACUGUUUACCGCAUUGCCCGAUUUCCGUACAUCACAGCGUAUCCCGAGGUCAGCUGCCCCGUGAAGUGGAAAGCAUGGGAAUUGCAGAAGGAGGUUUACAUAAAGGCGGCCCAGUCGUGGGACUGUCCUAUCAAUGACGUGCCUAUCCCUCAUGUCCACGCCAAGGGCGAAGACCGUAAGACUAUUCCGGCCUACGUGAGAGUUCCUCAUGGCUCAUCCAAGAGCAAUCCUAGCCCGGUUGUCAUAUUGAUGACAGGCCUUGAUGGAUAUCGCCCCGAUAAUACGGUUCGCUCCAAUGAGUUCCUAGCUCGCGGAUGGGGAAGCGUCAUUGUAGAAAUUCCCGGAACUGCAGACUGUCCCGCUGACUCGGCCGAUCCGGAUAGCCCCGACCGCCUGUGGAGCAGCGUUCUCGACUGGAUGGCUGCUGACGGCCGGUUCAACAUGGAAAGGGUCAUUGUUUGGGGCCUCAGCUCUGGUGGUUACUACGCUAUCCGCAUAGCGCACACUCACAAAGACCGACUAAUCGGCUCGAUUGCACAAGGAGCCGGCUGCCAUUACUUCUUUGACUCUGAGUGGCUAGAGAAGGCCGACGGACAUGAGUACCCGUUCCUUCUGACUCCCGCGAUGGCUAUGAAGCAUGGCUACAAGUCGGUUGCCGAGUACAAGGCGGGGGUGCAAAAGAAGUUCUCCCUUCUUGAGACUGGUAUCAUCGAAAAGCCGUCUACUCGAUUACUGUUGAUCAAUGGUACUCUGGACGGCUUGAUGCCCAUCGAAGACUCGAUGAUGCUGUUCGAGUAUGGCACCCCCAAGGAGGCAAGAUUCUUUUCGGGGGCAUUGCACAUGGGAUACCCUAUGGCUAAUGCGUCAGUGUAUCCUUGGAUGGAAAGUGUCAUGACAAGCAAGAUUUGA